UUUAUCCAGUUCGGCGAAUGCACGCGCCAGGAAUCAUCCAACGCAUGUGUGGCACUGGCUGUGCCCAAGCACAACGCUGUGUCUGUCUUCUGCGCCUCUGGAAGCAAUUUUGCAAUUCCGCAAUGUCCAUGGCGGGGAUGGCGACCUUGCAAUCCGUUUUGUUCGCCUCGCCGGCCGUCACCACCUCCUCCAGCUCCAAUUGUGGCUUCUUCCGCGGCGGAAAAUUUAGCAGCUGCAGAUUGGUCGCACACGCAGGGAGGUUGCAGAGGAAUGGCGCAUGGCGGAUGAAGGUGGUGUCCGCUUUGCCUGACGCAUUGCUGUUCGAUUGCGAUGGCGUCUUGGUGGACACGGAGCGCGACGGGCACAGAAUCAGCUUCAACAAGGCGUUCGAAGAGAAGGGACUGCAAGUGGCGUGGGAUGUGGCGCUGUACGGGAAGCUUCUGGAGAUUGGGGGUGGUAAAGAGCGGAUGACGCAUUACUUCAACGGCGUGGGAUGGCCCGCGUCCGUGGAGGAAGCGCAGCGCAAGGACUUCGUGGCGGGCCUGCACAAGCGGAAAACGGACUUGUUUAUGGAUCUGGUGGAGACCGGGCAGCUGCCAUUGCGGCCCGGGGUGGCGUCGCUGAUCGAUCAAGCUCUGGACAAGGGCGUGCAGGUUGCGGUGUGCAGCACCUCCAACGAGAGGGCUGUGUCGGCAAUCGUGCGCGUGAUGCUCGGGGAUAAGCGCGCGGCCGCCAUGAAGAUUUUCGCCGGCGACGUGGUUCCCAAGAAAAAGCCGGAUCCCGCCAUUUAUCAGCUCGCUGCGACCACUCUGAAUGUGCAGCCGGAGAAGUGUGUGGUGAUCGAGGAUAGCCACAUCGGGGUGACGUCUGCUAAGGCAGCCGGCAUGGUGUGCAUAGUGACCAAGAGCGGGUACACCGAGAACGAGGACUUCAGCGAAGCCGAUGCCGUAUUCCCCUGCAUCGGGGAUCCACCUUCUCAGAAUUUUGAUCUCGACUUUGCUAGCAGUCUGCUGAUGGAAAAGAAGCUUGCUUGAAGAAGCAACACGAUGAGUUAGCUGAUCGAGUAGGCCUUUUGCGAACUGCAUGAAUCACUGGCUAUGUACAGCAUUUUCACGAGAGUGAAAUAGAUUGCACCGUAGUACUUCUUCGUGUGCCAAAUACGCAUUGCUUGGACUCACUCAGAUUGGCCUCGCCGCGGUUCUGAUAUGUGGAAAUUUUAGGCCGUUGACGUGCCUUCAACAGCGUCGCAUACAUCACCGUGCUAUCGCCACGCUGGCCUGUCGAAUAGCGCUUCCGCACUGGGACGUUCCAAGUGGUCGGAGGCGUUGGUUGUGCUCAACGCAAGCUUAAUUAACAUACUUUGUCUAA